AUGUCAACGUCAGAACAACAACAACCACGACGAGGGACAUCAGCUUCUAUUCAAGGCGGUGUUGCCAUAAAAGUGCAGCCAUCUGUUGGUGCGGAAAAUCGUGGAGGUAUUGAGUCGAUAAAGGCAAAAAGAUUUAGUUUGGCACAUAUUCCAAGGCAAGAUCGACGAGUCACAAUACGGCCAUAUGAGAGCUUCAGGUUGGUUAGAAAUGAAAUGAUUCAUAAAAUUUAUUUUGGUUUGUCAGAAAUAAGGUUACGUCAUAAAUUAAUUCUGGAAUUUGAUUUGAUUAAAUUUUUUCGCGAAAUGAGUCAGCCUAAAAUAAAUAACCGGAAUGGAAUUAAUUUCUUCGCGUGAGAUUGGCUCAUGUGGUUAGGGGUUUGCAUGGGGAUUUUGAGGUCCCGGGAUUGAAACCCGAUAAAGGCUUUGAGGAAUGUUUGUGAAUGAGCAUUCCUAAAAUCAGAUUCAGUUGAUUGCAUUACGAAUACAACUUCUAAAAAUAUCAAUUUGAGAACUUGAAUAUAUUCAAACAAGUUCUGAACAUCUAGAAAGUUAGAAACUGUAGAAAAAAAUAAAAGUUCAGUUCGGAAUCGAACAUAGACAUGGGAGCUUGAAACCUCAGAAAAGCUUGAAACAUAUCUAAUCUCAACAUGAUUUCCAAAUUCUCAAUUUCCAGAGAACGCAAAGACAGUCAAAUUCAAGACAACAUAACAUUUGGCUACGCUGCAUUGAGUACCGUAGAAGAGGAUGCCAAAAAAUCAAUUGAUUAUGACGUGGAACAAGAUGUGGAGCGAGCCACUUCACCAACACCAUCUGUUUUUUCAAUUUAUGGUGAUGAACCAGGUCCAUCUAGUGUGAGUUCAAACCUUUUUUUCAAAUGUGAUUUAAAAUUCCGAAUUUUUAGACAUGCGAGCAACCGGUUGGUGCACAAGCUGAUGUUUUCAUUUCAUCUCUCCCUGAAAAGAAAUUAACCCAAAUUCGAAAAUUCAUUGAAAAUCAGCCAAGAGAGGAAAACAUGUACUUUUUAUGGGUCAAGGAUUCGAGCACAAACAAGAUUACUGUAAUAUCACUGAAAACUCUCGAGAAUUAUUUCAAAAAUGAUAGUCGAGUUCGUCGGGUUAAAUGGAGACAUUUGAGUUCGGAUCGCGUUUCGAUUUAUCGAUAUAGCUUGCCGGCAAUUACUUAUGAGGUAUGUUUUUAAAAAAAGGGGGAAGUGAAAAAACCAAGGUAUUGUAAAAAUCCGGAGAUCAAAAAUAGAGCAGAACUUUUCUCACGUUCGAUCGUUUCAUUUCCAGAAAUCAAAAUUAUGCAAAGAGUGUUUAUGUCGUCACAAAAAGCUAUGCCUUCUUAUGGUUUGGCUGGCUUUUGUUUUAUUUUUAUGUUUGGUCGUAGUCCUGGGAUCAAUCUCUCCCGAUGAUCGAGCACAUCCUUUCGCACAUCAUAAUCGAAAUAAUUCUACACAAGUCAACACAUCACUAACUGGUUAA